AAACUAAGCAGACACUCAAAAUGAAAUAGGGAAAGGGAUUAGUUGAUGUUUAUUAUAACAAUGCGUGUUUUUUGAAAUCCCAAGACAUUCGAACCUUCUACUGAGGAACUUCCGGUCGUUUUACUUUGACAAGCCAAUGACCGGAAGUGUCGUUGAAUGCCAUGCGCUUGAUGCCGCUUAGGAGCGAGCGUCGAGCAGGAAGCUGACCGCGGGCGGGGGGGGGUUGAACGUUGUCUGGCGGCCCCGAGGACGAGCACACGCCGCGGAGCACCAUGGCGACGCAAGGACCGGAGUCCGCCCGUUCUCCGUCCCUCGCUUCCCAGCACGGAUCCUCGCCGUCCGGCCCGAGCCUCAGCAACGGCCCCGCGCCGCCCAACCGCGGCUUGGAGCGGGCGCUGGAGGAGGGGGCGGGCAGCGGGGCCAUCAACCUCAGCGGCCGGAAACUGAAGGAGUUCCCCCGGACUGCGGCCAACCACGACCUGAGCGACACGGUGCAGGCAGACUUGUCCAGGAACCGCCUGGCCGAGGUCCCCUCCGAGGUCUGCAACCUGGUCGCCUUGGAGACGCUGAACCUUUACCACAACUGCAUCAGGACCAUCCCCGACAGCAUCAUCAGCCUGCAGUCGCUCACCUCCCUAAACCUCAGUCGCAACCAGCUGGGCGCGCUGCCCGCCUGCCUGUGCACGCUGCCGCUGAGGGUCCUCAACGCCAGCAACAACAAGCUGGUCAGCCUUCCUGAGAGUGUGGGACAACUGCAGCGCCUUAUGGAGCUGGACAUCAGCUGUAACGAGAUCACCGCUCUUCCUCGACACAUCGGCCGUCUGCGAGCACUACGCGAACUCAACGUGCGGCGAAAUCUCCUCUGCGUCCUUCCAGAAGACCUGGCCCACCUUCCUCUGGUCAAGUUGGACUUCUCGUGCAACAAGGUGUCCACCAUCCCAGUGUGCUACAGGAAGAUGAGGCAGCUUCAGGCCCUGCGGCUGGAGAACAACCCGCUGCAGAGCCCCCCGGCACAGAUCUGUCUGAAGGGCAAAGUGCACAUCUUCAAGUAUCUCAGCAUGGAGGCGUGUCGCAGCGAGAAGAUGGCCGACGCCCUCUACCUGCCCGUCUUGGAGCGCCUCAGCCUGUCGCGUCCUGUGGUCGGCAGUGUGGAGGACAUGGAGCUGCAGCGAAAGCAGGACAGCGACUCGGGAGUCGGCAGCGACAUCGGAGACAAGAGGCUGUCGGCGACGGAGCCGUCUGACGAGGACAGCCUGAGUGCCAACGUGCCCAUGAGCAACAUCAGGGAGGAGGACGGACUCAGUAAAGACGACUCCAGCGAACACAUCAGCUCCCUGACAGAUUCCAACUCUGAGCCGGUCCGCCUGACGGAGGAGAGUCCCACGGAGGCCCUGAAGGAGCAGCUGGCCUACAGAGACAUCAGCUACAUCAAGGGCCGGCGGACGGUGGAGUUCGACGAGCCGCUCCGGAUAGACGAGGACUCGCACUGGACGACGGAGCAACGCCAGAGGCCAAAGGUGGGCUCCACGUUGGAGGGUGAGCUCCACCUGGACAUGAUCCAGCAGCUGAAAGAGGCCGUGGAGCUGCUGCAGGACCCCGGCAGAAUAAGCUCGGAGCAAGAGAACCUGUGUGGAGUCCAGCUGUACCCUGUGGAGAUGGUCACUGUGGAAGAGUCGGUCAAUGGGCAGGACAGCGAUGACGGCACCACAACACCAAAGCACUCGGAGGAAGGAGGUGGCUGUGAGUUCCAGAGGAAGAGACAGAUGAUUCUAGAAAAGGCUCGCUUUGAGGCCCAGCUUGCAUGGCGGCGGUAUGAAUGGCACAUGCAGCAACGGGACCGGUGCCCGGGCGGGAUCCCUGCCGUCUCCAGCUCGCCGUUUGGCCUGAAACCUCGCUCGGUGUUCCUGCGGAGCCACAAGAGUCUGGAGACGGUGGACCCUCAGUUCACCAUGAGGAGGAAGAUGGAGCAGCUCCGAGAGGAACUGGAGCUGAUGGAGCAGCUGAGAGACAGCAUCGAGAGCCGCCUGAAGGUGGUUCUCCCUGAAGACCUGGGCACCUCGCUGAUGGACGGCGUGGUGCUCUGCCACCUGGCCAACCACAUCCGCCCGCGCUCGGUGGCCAGCAUCCACGUUCCCUCGCCCGCGGUGCCCAAACUCAGCAUGGCCAAGUGUCGCAGGAACGUGGAGAACUUCCUGGACGCCUGCAAGAAGAUCGGCGUGGCCGAGGACAAGCUGUGUCUUCCUCACCACAUCCUGGAGGAGAAAGGCCUGAUGAAGGUGAGCGCCAUGGUCCAGGCGCUGGUGGACGAGGUGCCCCUCAAGACGUGAGAUGGGCGGGGCCUCCUCUGACGGGACUCCUGCGCCCGCGUGACAUUCGAGGACCCUGGGACGCGGGCACGUCACGCAAGUUUUUGUUUUUGUUUUUGAACCCUCUAUUUCAGAAGCGGCGACUUGACUUUUUUCUUAUCGGAGGACGUCAUUGUCCAAAUGACGGGAAGAAAUGUCGGCUUGCUCAGUGUCAAAAGUGUCGUUUGCGUUUUUUUCUUUUUGCACGUACGUUUGAGGGAAGUGAAACAAAUGUGAUGUUUCUAGAAGCCAGAGCAACUGUGACGAGUCUUUAGCGCCGCGGGAUUGAACCGUCAACCGGCGUCCACGUAGCGUUUUAGCUGGUGGCCGUCGAGCGCUUUUUGCAAAAAAAGAUACGUUUUUUUGUGUGAGGUUUGGCGAGCGUGCGAACACUUUUAGCCGCCGUUUGUAUUUCCAGGCAAAUCUAUUUAUUGUACCAGGACGGCGUUCAAGAUGGAAUAUUCCAAAAGUAUUUUUCUCGAGUAAUAUAUUUUGUUAUCGUUGUGUUUUUAUAGAGUUGUCGUCUGAGCCAGCGUCUUUUUGCAAUUCUUAAUCCCGACUUUUUUACACUGGGAAGGAGGAAUAAACGUACACGCAGUCUUCGUCACGCGACCAUGGUUUUUUUGAGGGGGAGGGGGGGGCGGGUCAAAAUGACGGCGUGACCCAAUUCUGAUGGCGUGUGAAUAUUUUUUUGUAUUGUUAUUCCAAAAGCAGACAUUCCUUUUUAAUGGGCAGGUGUUGGUAUUUGCAGGGACAUCACGUGAGUAAUGGCGGCCUCUGCUGGCCAAACAGACAAGUUGCAGCAUUUUCAACUGAAAGCUAAAACUGCAGUGAAAAGAAGAGAAUAAAUCUAGUCUAAUUUUGAAAUUGUGUUAACGUCAACAAACAGUUUUGUUGCUUCUGGGAUAAAAAUAAGGUUAGAAAAUAGUUACCGUGAAUGUUUUUCAUAUGUUUUCUUUAUGUGCGUUGGUCUUAGAUUGCUGGUCCCCAAAUGUUAUAAAGAGAAAUGUGUUUGAAAUCACAUUCUUUUAUCUUCCAGGGUAUUUAAUUGUUGAGUGAAUUCCCACGCAAUGUGGGCGCUUAUUGUAGGCUGGCAAAGUGAGUCGCAGGAAAUCAAGGACUGGAGUCACUAUGGUGGGAAACAAUAUCAAUGAUUUUUAACGGCCGAUAUAUCUAUAUUUUUUAAAUAAGGUGGAUAAAAAUGUGGUAAAUGUAAACAUUUGUCUGAUUAGAAUCCCCUCAGCAGAACCCAAGUAUUAGAACCUAAUACUGUCCCGCUACUGUCCCGAUACUGUCCCACUACUGUCCCACUACUGUCCUACUACUAUCCCACUACUGUCCCGAUACUGUCUUAAUACUGUCCUAAUAUUGUCCCACUAAUGUCCUAAUACUAUCCCGAUACUGUCCCAAUAUUGUCCUAAUACUAUCCCGAUAAUGUCCUAAUACUGUCCCACUACUGUCCCGAUACUGUCCCAAUAUUGUCCUAAUACUAUCCCGAUAAUGUCCUAAUACUGUCCCACUAAUGUCCUAAUACUAUCCCGAUACUGUCCCAAUAUUGUCCUAAUACUAUCCCGAUACUGUCCUAAUACUAAUCCCAACACUGUCCUAAUACUAUCCCGAUACUGUCCCACUAAUGUCCUAAUACUAUCCCGAAACUGUCCCGAUACUGUCCUAAUACUAUCCCAAUACUAUCCCGAAACUGUCCCGAUACUGUCCCACUACUGUCCUAAUACUAUCCCGAUACUGUCCUAAUACUGUCCCAAUAUUGUCCUGAUACUAUCCCGAUACUGUCCUAAUACUAUCCCGAUACUGUCCUAAUACUAUCCCGAUACUGUCCCACUACUGUCCUAAUACUAUCCCGAUACUGUCCCAAUACUGUUCUAAUAUUGUCCCGAUACUGUCCUAAUACUAUCCCGAAACUGUCCUAAUACUGUCCCGAUACUGUCCCACUACUGUCCUAAUACUAUCCCGAUACUGUCCUAAUACUGUCUCGAUAUUGUCCCGAUACUGUCCUAAUACUAUCCCGAUACUGUCCCACUACUGUCCUAAUACUAUCACGAAAUUGUCCUAAUACUGUCCCGAUACUGUCCUAAUACUGUCCCGAUACUGUCCUAAUACUGUCCUGAUACUGUCCUAAUACUAUCCCGAUACUGUCCCAAUACUGUUCUAAUAAUGUCCCGAUACUGUUCUAAUACUGUCCCGAUACUGUUCUUAUACUGUCCCAAUACUGUCCGUCCCACUACUGUCCUAACAUUAUCCCAAUACUGUCCCAAUACUGUCCUGAUACUAUCCCGAUACUGUCGUAAUACUGUCCCGAUACUGUCCCACUACUGUCCUAAUACUAUCACGAAAUUGUCAUAAUGCUGUCCCGAUAUUGUCCUAAUACUGUUCUAAUACUGUCCCGAUACUGUCCUAAUACUAUCCCGAUACUGUCCUAAUACUGUUCCGAUACUGUCCUAAUACUAUCCCGAUACUGUCCCAAUACUGUCCUAAUACUAUCCCGAUACUGUCCCAAUACUGUUCUAAUUAUGUCCCGAUACUGUUCUAAUACUGUCCCGAUACUGUUCUUAUACUGUCCCGAUACUGUUCUUAUACUGUCCCGAUACUGUCCGUCCCACUACUGUCCCACUUCUGUCCUAACAUUAUCCCGAUACUGUCCUGAUACUAUCCCGAUACUGUCCUAAUACUAUCCCGAUACUGUCCUAUUACUAUCCCGAAACUGUCCCAAUACUGUCCCACUAAUGUCCUAAUACUAUCCCGAAACUGUCCCGAUACUGUCCUAAUACUAUCCAGAAACUGUCCUAAUACUGUCCCGAUACUGUCCUAGUACUAUCCCGAAACUGUCCUAAUACUGUCCCGAUACUGUCCCGAUACUGUCCUAAUACUGUCCCGAUAUUGUCCCGAUACCGUCCUAAUACUAUCCCGAUACUGUCCUAAUACUAUCCCGAAAUUGUUCUCAUACUGUCCCGAAAUUGUCCUAAUACUGUCCCGAUAUUGUUCCAGUACUGUCCUAAUACUAUCCCGAUACUGUCCUAAUACUAUCCCGAUACUGUCCUAAUACUCUCCCGAUACUGUCCUAAUACUGUCCCAAUACUAUCCCGAUACUGUCCUAAUACUAUCCCAAUAAUGUCCCAAUACUAUCCCGAUAAUGUCCCGAUACUGUUCUAAUACUGUCCCGAUACUGUUCGUCCCACUACUGUCCUAACAUUAUCCUGAUGCUGUCCCAAUACUGUCCUGAUACUAUCCCGAUACUGUCCUAAUACUGUCCCGAUACUGUCCUAAUACUGUCCCGAUACUGCUAAUGCUGUCCCGAUACUGUCCCAAUACUGUUUUAAUACUGUCCUAUUGAACCCUUUCAAGUCAGAAAGGAAAUGUCAACAAAAUAGUCAAAUCACAUUCAAUAAACUCCUAAAAUGAAGAUGCAAAAAUGGAGAUAAUGUAAGAAAUGCUUGAUAAAAUAGUGCAAAGUGUGAAAAUGUAAACAUAGAAACCUGAGAAGAACUACUGUCUGCAGGUUAAGUGGCAGGAAGUUACGGCUGUGUAACAUUAUUUGAUAUGGAGAUGACUUUUUUGUUUUGCAGUAAUUGUUUUAAUAUUAUUAAUAUAUCGGCCGAUUUCCAUAAUCAUUGGCAUUUUGUACGACCUAUGGAAAAACUUAAGGAACAGGAGAAAAACAUCAUAUUGGAAAUGUAACUUCCUGUGAUUCUAAUCCCUCAGCUCUCAAGGCAGAAAGGAAAUGUCAACACAAGCAUGAAAACACUCCAACAUGUCAACAAAAUAGUCAAAUGGCAUUGAACACUCGACAAUAAGCUCUUAAAAUGAAGGAAUGUGUAAGAAAUGCUUGAUAAAAUAGUGCAAAGUGCGAAAAUGUAAACAUAGAAACCUGAGAAGAACUACUGUCUGCAGGUUUAGUGGCAGGAAGUUACGGCUGUGCUCUAAAGGGUGAGCUAAGGUGGUGUGGUUCCAUCUGACUACGGUCCCUUUUUUAUUUUUUUAAAUCGGGGGGGGAAAAAGUGCCAAAAUGUCCAGUUUCCUUUCAUCCAUAAUUUCUUCAUUUUGACUUCCUCUUCUCACACCAGACACUUAGUUGAUACUGUCACCUGAUUGGCUGUCAGCGGGUCCCGCCCACUGAUCCCUUCCUGCGUUGCUUGGUUCCGACGAAGAAAAAAAAUGGUUGUACAUUUUGUAGAACGCAUUUUGUCUUGAUGCCGAUGACGUGUCUGUCACGAUAUAUGUUGAUAUCGUUUCAUCGCCCGGCCCAAGGAGUCCCACUGACUGUGUGAGCCGAUACUAGUAUUUGGUGCGAUACAGUUUAUUAUUACUACAUAACUUAAGAAUUAGUAUUAUCCAUCCAUUUUGUACCGCUUGUCCCUUUUGGGGUCGCUGGAGCCUAUCUCAGCUACAAUCGGGCGGAAGGCGGGGUACACCCUGGACAAGUCGCCACCUCAUCACAGGGCCAGAAUUAGUAUUGGGUUCUGUCCUGUAAUUCCACUUUUCACCUGCAGAGGCAACUAUGAGUAAACUUCAACUAGAAGUUGGCACUUUAGCAAAAAAAACACAAACUGCCACUUUAAAUUUGUAUUUAUAACUUCUUUUUUUUUUUUUUACGCCAACCGACUGACGUGUGAAGAGAAUCUUUUAAUUUGAAACAUUUUGUGUAAAUAUAUCUUUUGUACUUUGGUGCAAAUGUAUUUUGUUCAAGCAUGGAAAGUCCCUUUAAUGUCGCCUUAACUGCUGUACAUAAAAGAAGUAAAACAACGCAAAGCGUGAACUUU